AUGCCCCCCCGCAAGGCAGCCCCCCCGCCAUCGCCCGCCCGCAGCGCCAGGAGUGCGCGCAGCAACACCCACGACAGGACCAACGACGACGAAUGGGACCGUGAAAGCAUCACCAGUGGAGCAUUCAAAGUACCCUCAUCCCGGGGAAAGACAUCAAAUGGAGGAGGCUUCAAAGACACCAGCGUCAACAUCGCAACGGCCUUCCAUGCGGCCCAAACAGGUCAUCUGCCCCCUCCAUCCAAAUCCAACCUCUCCCUCACAUCGAAUGGGUCUUCCUCCCGCUCUCUUCAGGUCCCUCGCGCCAUCUCACCAGCGGAAUCACUCGCCCAGUCCGCCCGGGCACUCUCCCCCGUCCGCUUCUUCCUCCGCCCUACCGACGAAGACGGCGAAGAGUUUAGCAGCUUUUCCUCCGCUGACAAUACUUCAGCAAACAAGAGCAUCAACACAAGCGGCGAGGGAGAGAGCUAUGACUAUUAUCAGGAGGAAGAAUUCGUGAGGCGUGCCCAGCAACAACAGAAAGCGGCCAGAGGCAAGACUGGGCCGGCCGAUAGGAAGCGACGUGGCAAGGCUGCUGCCGAGGAUAUGCCUUACCGCCCCGCCGAAGAAGACGCCGUAUCACUCGCUUCAGACGAUUCUGGCGGGGCAGGUGAGGGCAUCGUCCGUUCGGGAGCUCUUGACGGACGAGCCGGCACACGCGGCAAACGCGCAGAGAGGGGGGAGGGGUACCUCGGCAUGGGUCUCGGCUUACAACCAAAAAGGCGAGGAAAGGGUAGACGAAGUGGGGGAGCCGAGGGAGAGACGGAUGAUGAUGGUACGCCAGGACCAACUGCGAGAGGAUGGACGCCUGCGCUAGAGCUCGAAGUCCCCCGGAGAUCACCUACACCAGCACAAUUGCUGAGAGCGCUCAGCCCCCGGCUAGACCGCCGUUCGCCAGGUCCAUCGAUGGGCUACCAGCCCAGAAGGCAGCCCUCUGACCUGAGAACCAUAUUGACCAAUCUCCUACACGGGGUCGCUCUCGGAUUGCAAUUUGUUGUCGAAAUUGUUUCCACCAUUCUCGACCGGAUCAUGCUGCGCCCCAUCAGUGCUGUCUUUGGCACCAGCCGGGACUUUACCCGUCUAGCCAGGGACAAUUGGUGGAAAUGGGCGGGUUUAUUGCUUGGUCUGUCCCUUGCCAUCCGGCUGUUUGAUGGUGCAUGGCGCUCUAGAGGCAUCUACACUGCUCCGGAUGCGCCGCCGUCAAACAUUGACGAAAUGUCCAAUCGUCUCACUUCGUUGGAGCAAGCGACUGCUGUCCUUUCAGACAUGCUUCGAGCAAUUAGCGAAGGCGACCAAGACCUCCAGCAGUCUGCUGUUGCUAUCAAGAGCAGAGUCACGGAUGUCGAGGACAGCAUUGUCGCCGAACGGAAGCGGAUCGAAGGCGUCAAGGGUGAUUUAAAACAUCAAAAGACGGCCAUCACGUCCGAGAUUGACAAACUGCGAACCGAGAUUCACACCAUCACGACGCAGUCUGCCAAGCACGAAAAGCUACUGAGCGCGUCCGACAAGUCUGCAAAGACGAUCGAAUCGCUCGAGCGAGAGAUUGCUCAGCUCAAGACUCGCGUGGGCACAGUCGAGCAGAGCGUUCACGUGGCCUUGGAAGACGGCAGACUGGUCGCUGCGAUCGAAAAGGUACUUCCUCACUGGAUGCCAGUGUGGACAGAUGCCAAGGGCCAGGUCCAGGUCGAGCCUGCCUUUUGGGCAGAGAUGAAAAAGGUCAUGGUGGGCAAAGGCGAGGUCGAGACCAUUGCUCGAAAGCUCAUCACCGAUUCCAUUGCUUCGGACGGUGGCGUGCCAGAGAUGCCGGCUUUCGACCAGAGAAAGGUGGAGGAAUGGAUGGACAAGGCUUUCGAUCGACGGUCAGCAGACUCGUUCAUGGAUCGUCAGACGUUUACGCAGAUGCUGGACGAAAAGCUCCGCGAGCUUGCGCGACAUGUUCCUGCUUCUCCGUCCAAACAAUCAGUACCUUCGAGUACAGUCACCAUCAAGUCAUCCAAGGGCGAAGACCUCACCUCUCUAUUCACCUCACUCAUCGACACUGCGCUACUCAGAUACUCGAAAGACACUUUGGCGCGAACGGACUAUGCUCUUUUCACGGCCGGUGCUAGGGUGAUUCCUCACCUCACAUCCGAUACCCUUACUCUCCGCACAGCUUCCGGGCUGGGGAAAUGGGCUUUGGGACGGAAAGACGUCCAGGGGAGACCGCCUGCGACAGCAUUGCACCCCGACAUCUCAGUCGGUAGCUGUUGGCCUUUCCAGGGCGAAGCGGGCAGUCUUGGGGUGAUGCUGGUAGACCGGGUGGUUGUGGGGGAUGUGACGAUAGAGCACGCACCCAAGGAGCUUGCUAUUGAUGUGGCCACUGCCCCCAAGAGCGUCAAAGUUAUGGGACUCGUUGAUACCGAAGAAAAUAGGGAAAAGCUGGCCUCCUACUGGGCUGAGAAUCCAACCAAAGACCCCACCGACGUCGACUAUCUCCCACUCGGCACGUUUACGUAUGACCCGUCCGCCUACUCGCAUAUACAAACAUUCCCUGUUCCACCCGAUGUUGUCAAUUUGGGUAUCCCUGUAGGAGUAGUGAUUUUCAAGGUGGAAAGUAACUGGGGAGGUGAUUUGACUUGCUUGUAUCGGGUGCGCGUGCAUGCUGCCAAGGACGACUUUGCCUGA